GGCUCUCACCACCAAUGUUCCUUUCCAUUCUAAGUAAGCAACAUCAUCUUUCACCGUAGAAGAAACACCAUUAACAAUCAUUGAUUUCAAGCUUAUAGCUCUUACAAAGAGAAAAAUGAAGAAAGCCAAGGCAUGGAUCAAACAGAUCACGAGUGCCUUCAAAACAAGACUCCUCAUGUUGUCCCUCGUGAAAGACAAGAAGCUCGGUUUCCGUUCUAUUUCCAACAAGAUCCACAACCUCCUAGGUCAUGCAGAUCAAGGCCAAGACACCGACCACGACCAAGACGAGAGCAAGGCUAUAAUCCUAUACAAUAAUGGGGUAUCCACAGUGGCUAACCAUGAGAGUUACGACGUACAAGAGGAGGGAAACGAAAAGUAUCCUGAUAUGACUCACAAGUUGUUCGAAGGAGAAGAGGAUUUUGAGGAGUUGGAUGAAUGUCAAGGAAGUUCUGUGAUAGAUAUGGUGAGGAGCUCGAAGGAAGAAGAAGGAGCGAGUUUCAAGCUAGAAGAUGAGAUCGACCAUGUCGCAGAUCUCUUCAUUUCAAGAUUUCAUAAGCAGAUGAAGCUUCAAAAACUCUUGUCAUUCAAGAGGUAUCAGGAAAUGCUAGCCAGAGGCACUUAAAAAUCAUAUCUAUAUGUACACACGUGCAUGCUGUUGUCACACAGAUAUGAAGAAUAUAUUCAUACUACGGUCUUUGCUAACGUUCAUAUUGUGUGUUCUUGAUCAUAAAUCCUUUGUGCCUCUUAUUUGCUAGGAUCAAAUAUUAUGAUCUAUUAAUGUUCUUUUCAGUUA